AUGAAGGAAUACAGAUUUCUUCCCACCAUUGAAUCAUGUAACAUGUAUAUGAGUUCACUGCUUAGUUUCAAUCGAGCAGACAUCGCGUUAACAUUUUACAACCAAAUAAGAACAUCCAAGAUCACAAUCAAUGUGUUCACUCUCAACAUGAUGAUGAAUGCUUAUGUUCAAUUAGGGAAACUAGAGAAUGCAGUCCAAGUGUUCGAUGAAAUGCAAGGUAUGGGAAUGAACCCUUUUGUCUCCUCCUACAAUACAUUGAUCACUGCAUACAUCAACCAAGGCCUUUUAACAACCGCAAUCAAGUUGAAACUUAAAAUGGAGAAGAAUGGAAUCAGCCCAAAUGUCGUAAGUUACAACACAAUAAUCCAUGGAUUCUGUAAGAAUGGAAACUACAUGAUGCUUUUAAAGUUUUCCAUGAAAUGA